GCGAAAAUACAAUACCUGCGCUACUGAGGGUUGUCUCAGAAUCAGCGUUUUUCGCGGUCCUUUUGAUUGAUUGGUGUGAUAUAUAGUAUUUUCUAACCAGAUCCUGUAAAUCAAAGUUUCAUAUUUUAAAGGACUAUUAGAGGGAAGUUUGUGUCAUGCCCGUUCCCUUCUGGGUUAUGUGCUGCUCGGAGUGUUGCACGUUUCAAGUUCAUCAUCGUAUAAAGUCGAAAACCUGGGUUUGCAAAGUUUGCUCUUGCAAGCAGUCAAUUUUAAAGGUUUUCGCAGAAGGAGUUGCUCAAGAAUGUCGUAAAGUUGUACAGAAAUUAAAUAGAGAAGGUGUUCUUCGUCAAAUGAAUUUGUAUAAAUAUGGGAUACUAAAUCAUCCAAGAGCAUUGCAAUGGAGUUCAAAUAUGGAUUUGCCCGGAAAAACUAUGCCAACGAAAAAUUCCAUGUCCAAAGAUGACAUAACCUCGGUUCAAAACAUUGAUACUGCUGAUUCUAACAAGUGUCUGUUAGUAGAGUCUCAGGAAAUCUCCUACCGCUUAUAUCCAUAUUCGAAACCCUCUGGUUCUCAAACAAAGGUGAACACCAGUAACCAAAAAGAUAUCUUAAUACCGAAUUCUAUGGCUUCGAGUCAAACAAGUCACUUUUUACCACCUGGUAAAUCAGAUACAGAUUCAUCUCAAAAAUUUAUUUCAAAAUGGGAUAUCUACUUGUAAGCUUUCUUCUAACCAAAAAGAAAACUAUGAGAGAGAUUAACUAUUCUGGUUGACACUUAUUAUUUCUUAUUAAAAAAAUUUCCUAACAUCAUUUUUCAUUCCUAUUCCUGGUGAACUGGUGGUAUGAUUAAUCUGAGUGAAGAUUUGUGUUUAUUUCGUUAUAAAAUCAGCGUAAAAUCGUAUACUGUUUUGCAUACAGAAGAAUCAAUAUUUGAAAAACGUGAA